UCCAGCUGUCACACCAUGGACUUCAUGCAGCAGAGCACACCAAAAAUCAAUGGCUUUAACAAUAGCCAUUGCCAACUGAAGAUUGUCAACUAUGAGGCUGAGGAAAACAGCAUUUCUCAUGAGACACACGGCCUCAGCAAAAAACACCUGGUGGUGCGACGAGGGAAACCUUUCAAACUGACUCUGUGGUUCCACUGGCGGCUGUGGAAUCCACACACAGAGUACCCGGUCCUCGAGGUCUUUCUGGGAAAUCAUUCAGACAGGAUCAUAGUCCAGAUCUCUGACGAGCAACACGACCCCCAAGGCUGGUCAGCCAAAAUCUACCCAGGCGACAUUCAAUCGAAGUCAGUCACCAUCCACAUCUGCUCCCCUGUUAAUUCCCCAGUGGCUCAGUAUUACCUCUUCCUCCACAUUGAGACGAUGCAUAGGAGCAGAAGUACCUUUGAAGUAGGAACAUUUGUGCUACUCUGCAACCCUUGGCUGAAAGAGGAUCCAGUGUACAUGCCACUGAAGGCCCAAAGAGAAGAGUAUAUCAAGAAUGAUUGCGGCAUUUUGUUCACGGGCACCCCUCAAAACAUUAAUGAAAGACCCUGGAUGUUUGGUCAGUAUGAGCCUGGAGUCCUGGAGGCGUGUAUGAAGCUGCUGCAGGUCAGCCGGUGGCACUUCAACAACAAAGAAAAAGACUACAUUCGACGAGCAGACCCCGUCUACCUCAGCCGGGUGAUUUGUGCUAUGGUUAACUGCGACGACGACCUGGGUAUUUUAAUGGGAAAUUGGUCAGGCGACUACAAAGAUGGUGUCAGUCCCGCAGAGUGGAGCAGCAGCGCUGACAUCCUCCACCAAUGGGCCUUGUCCAACUGCAAACCCGUACGCUACGGACAGUGCUGGGUCUUUGCAUCUGUCCUCUGCACCGUGAUGAGAGUGCUGGGUGUUCCCUCCAGGGUGGUGACAGUUUUUAACGCUGCCCAUGACGCUAACAGCAACCUGAUAAUUGAGGAAAAUUUCUCAAGCAGCGGGGAAAAGCUCCCAGGACCAAAGGACAGCACGUGGAACUUCCAUGUGUGGGUAGAGUGCUGGAUGAGGAGACCAGACCUCGGCUCAGCGUUUGAUGGGUGGCAGGUAGUGGACGCCACCCCACAGGAGAAGAGUGGAGGGAUAUACUGCUGUGGCCCUUGCCCAGUAAUUGCCAUCCAUCAACGUUUCCUUAGAACCAGUUUCGACACCCGGUUUAUCUACGCUGCUGUUGACGCUGACGUCGUACGGCUGAUCAUACACAAUGGACGGGUGAUGAAGAGGACGGUGGACACUAAGACGGUGGGACGGCUGAUCUGCACCAAGAGCAUUGGCUCAGACCUACUAGAAAACCUGACACAGGAUUACAAGAGCAAGACAAAACCACAAGCAGCAGGUUAUGGAAGAUACUCAGGUUGGAGAGGUGGCCAGGAUCGACCAAUGAGCAGAGAUGUUCGCAUGUCAGGUACACCUUUUCUGUCCAGUUCAGUGGGACAUCAAGAAGAUGGGGGUAUUUUGGAGUACAGCCAAAUGUCAGAUGGAGAAGAAGAAAUGCCUCCUGGUUUGGAGGUGUCCCUGAGCCUCAAGAGGGUGCCAACAGUGGGUGAGAGCAUCGUCAUGUGUGUAACGGUCAGGAACAACUCGAGCAGCUCCCGGGUUCUGAUGGAGCACGUCAACGCUCAGCUGAAGGAGUACAACAGAAACGCACAGGAGAGCUUCUGGAAGUCUCACAAAGAAGAGUGCAUAAAGGCGGGGGAAGUUCUGAAGCUGGAACACUCCAUCCUUUCCUCUGAGUACGAGUCUGUGCUGGCCGAUGAUGACAUUAUGAACGUGGCAGUUGUGAUAAAGGACGUCCUGACGAAAGAAAGGUUCCUGGCCACGCAGGAGUUCAACGUAACCUCACCAAAGAUAACCGUGGAGAUUGAAGGAGGGGGCAGCAUCCAGAUGAAGAAGGAGUACAAAGCCCAUGUGUCCUUCACCAACACAUGCAGCAGUAGUGUGAAUGGAGCCGUGCUGACAGUAGAGGGGUCUGGCCUGCUGCAGGGCAAACAGGAAGCCAGGAUGGCUAUCCUGAAGCAGGACGAGAAGAUAGAGAAGACAGUGACCAUCAUGGCCGCUGGCCCCGGCACGAAACUGCUGAAGGCGACUUUCUCACACAGUAACAGCCCCAAAGCCAUUUCCAGAACCUUCCACAAAGUCACUGCCGUGAGUGCAUGACACUCAUGAGUCCAUCCUCCAGAAAAGCUCCAGGAAAUUAUUUUCUUUGCAGUAAGACCUGGACAGUGACUUUGUUUUAUUGUUAAAAUGUUGUGUUUUGGUAGUCUCCAUUCAUUGAUCCAUUCUAAAUAAUCGACAUACACUAUAUUCUGUAACGGUGAUCGGGUACAUCAAAGUCAAAGAACAAUAUUUCUGUAUUCUAUCAUACAUGGUUUGAUCAUUUUAAAAAAUAUCCAACAGGUUUUACAUACAUGUACCAUACUAUACACAAAACAUUUUUUAUAUAUGAUAAUAUGAAUAUAUCAUAGUAUUUAGUACUUGUCUUCUUUACCUUUUCUUUUGGAGUUGCAUAAAUACAUUUCCAUCAGUAAACUCAACCAGCUGAUUGUCUCAGAAAUGUCAGGCAAAACGAAAUGUCUCUAAUAUGAUUGGUAGCAACCACGCCUAUAGAAAAAAAUCACUUAUUAAGUAGCCAGUUUCAAAAAGAUCUGAUGACAGCAUUAUGAGUAUGUCUUCACACUGAUGGUUCAUAUAUAAAGAAUACACACUGUAUACUUUUCAUUUUAUGAUUAUAAAGAAGGGGCCUUAUGUGACUUAUGAUUAAAUAGUUAUCACAAAGAUCAGAGAUAAUGAAUGAAUCCUUACUCUCUACUAGUGAGUCAGAUCAUGGGACACUUACAGUAGUUGCCUUUAACUUCCUGUCUUGGUGCUCAGUGUGAGUUCAAGUCUUUGAGUUUCCUCACAAGGAAAGGUUUGACAGUUAAGACAGAAAAGCUUGAACAAAUAAAUGAUUAAUUAGAAAAAUAAAUGUGUAUACAUUCAAACACACUGCCUAGUUUACUACUGAUAACGUUAGACAGAAAUCAUCGGAAUAAAAUGUCUUCAUUUUCAAGUUGCCUCAUAAUGAAUCUAUUGUUUGUUAGGUAUUUUCAAGCUGGUAGCACAACAUUCCAUAAAUAGCAUAACAAAAUUAUAUAUAUUUUGUAUUAAUCAACUAAAUAGUAAAACAAAUAAAACAAUCAAAUAGAAUGAGGUGGUUUCACAAGAAAGCAAUAUUAUGAUAAAUAAAAAAAGAAAGUCUAGCAGAUCAAAUACCAACUGGAAGAUGGGACUGCACUAUUAUUUUGACUGAUGUUGCAAUUAGAUAUCGGAGAGAUUCAUCAUAAUUGAAUGAUUAAAAAACACAUAUAAUACAUGCUCAUUGCGUGAUUUUCCUUUUCAAGAGGAUCUGUGCCAAACUAAAGGCUUUUUUGAGUCUGUAGAAUACAAUUUGUAGGCCGGUACUUCUCUGCUGCUUAAAAAUACUUAAAUCAUAUUGGGAUUUUGUUUACACUUUUGAUUGAAUGUGCAGCCCUUCUGGAAGAGGUACCAAUACAGAAAGUGCUCGAUUUCCCUUUGACCUACUUCCUGUCAGCCUUGCCAGUCAAGUUUCUCACCAUUCAUAGAAAAUAGCAGUAUAACAGACAUGUAAUUAGUAGGUUUGUCUUGUCAACACCCCCAACGUGCCUUUGUCUUUCUGCGAAUGUCACUGAGUUCAAACUUGUAAUCAUGCAUUACAUGGGAAAUGACAAUAGUGAAGCCAGGUAGAUUGUGUGCUCGAUAAUAAACGUGUAACUUGUGAUUGUCCCUUCACAGGCUGAACUGCAUUUCUGUUAUUGAGUAUCAGCACUAGAUGGCAGCAUUGGAGUAUCUACCAAUGAGUCUGUGUCUGUUUUCUCUCUAGAAAUCAAUGAUCUGCUUUCCUAAGCUUUUGACUCUGGUUAUUUUAUCACUUUGCCUUUGGCACUGCCUGCGUCCUGUGAUCAUUAAGGGAAUAUUUGACAUUUAGUCUCAGAAGUAAAUUUAAAUGAGUGGCUAAAUGAUUUUCCUGUGUUCCUUUGCCCCUUUUGUAAAACUAUGUCUCAGCUGUCAGAGUUAGAGUGCAAAGAGCAUACACUUUUUUUUUUUUUCAUGCACACCAGUUGCUUAAUGCAUCAGUAAUUUAUUUUUAAUUGGCACAAUGUCUUAAAACAAUUAUUUACUUUUUCAUUGAAAAAUGUUAGUUGCUGUGAACAUCGAGAGAGAGAGAAAGAAAUGUUAAAAUUCCUAUAUUUCAGACUUAUUUCAGAACUUAUAAUCACAGAUUCUUGUGACUAAAUCUUUUGACUUGAACUGAUUUGAGUUGAACAGAUAAUUAAACUCAUCAAAUUUAGAAAAGGUCCCAUCAUGCAUUGUUUCAUAGUUAAAAGCAACCAUUUAACACCUGAAAAUAAGUCAAGGCUGUUUCUCUGUUUUCUAAAAUGUUUUUUUGUGUGUUGUGUUUUCACAUUAUUUUUGACAGAUGAAAAUGUGGAGCAGAGAAAGCAGGGUAAAAAAUGCAACAAUUGUCCCAAAGCUGGAACCAUAAUAAAUUAAACAAUCCUGACGAC